AUGUCUUCUACGCCCACUAUUGUUGAGCCGCACGACUUUGGCGCGCAAUUCAUGACUUCAGCCCAGAGUUCGUCACGCUCGCAUUCUCCAGGGCAAGUGCCUUUAUCGCCGGUGUUUGGUCAGCCGGCUAUUGGAAGACCACCUAUGGGACAGCAACAGCGAUCAACACCUAGGUUCAAAACUAAUGGUGUCUCUGAGGGCAUUUAUAAUGGCGAAGAGUCUGUUCGCAAACCCUCCAUCGAUCAGGUGUCAGUCACAGAUUCAGUUGGGACCCUAGAUUUGGGCUAUCGCCCUAUAGACCAGUCACCGCCACACCACGAAAACCACCCUUCAACCUCAGCGGGCCGUCAAAACUUUGACGAGCGAUCUCUCAGCGCCCUUUCGCUGGACCAACAGUCUAUCGGGACCCAAUCGCUAGGUCACCAUUCUAUAGGCGGGCCACCGCGUAGCUAUCUUUCAUCACCAACUUCAUCCACCCGUGAUGCCCACUCGUCAGCGUCGAAUAGGUCGAUACGACGUAACUUCGUUAUCAACGAACUCCCGGUCCUUCAACAGAAGAAUCCUAACGAGGGCUCCGAGCAAUUCAACCCUAUCAUUGAAGAAAAUGAGGAAUCAUCUUUUGAUCUGGUCGCUCCAUACGAGGGCGAAGUAGCCCCACUGCAUACCCUGGAGCAACAAGCGGACCUCAUGUUCUGCUCCAACCAUAUGCUAGCGAUUCUGAGCAAUCCGCGCUACCUCGCGCGUUUCCGCGAGUUCCUCGCCCAGGAACGUCCCGGUUCACUUUCGACCCUGACUUAUUAUCUGAAUGCUUCUAAGUCUCUCAAAGCAAUUGAGUAUGCUAAUGCGCUCGUACGUCUAGCUGUUGAUGUUCCUACCUCCGGUAUUGAAACAGCAGAGCAUCCCGUUGGCCCGACUGUAAAUUUGGCCCUUGAACAGCGCGUGCAGGCAGCGCUGGACGCUUUGACUGCUGAGGAAUUACCUGCUUUCAUUACAUCUACCUGUAUCAACAUUACUGGCAAGGUAGUGGAGGAGCGCGUACGCGGAACGUUGCCCGAUAAGUUCCAGGGAACAGCAGAUGCACUGGCUGAGGUAUUCUGUCUGACCGACCCAUCGCGGCCAGAUAAUCCUAUUAUCUUCGCUUCUGGGGAAUUCCACCGCACCACACAAUAUGGCAUAGACUACGUCCUCGGACGAAACUGUCGGUUCUUACAAGGACCGAAGACGAACCCCAACAGUGUUCGACGAAUUCGCGAAGCGCUCAAAGCUGGACGACCUCACUCCGAGCUUUUCCUGAACUACCGCCGUGAUGGCUCACCAUUCAUGAACCUCCUCCAAAUGGCUCCACUAUGCGACAGCCGUGGUAACAUCCGCUACUUCAUCGGCGCUCAGGUUGACGUCUCCGGUCUCGCAAUGGAAGGCGCACAAAUGGAAUCUCUCCAAGACAUCCAAGCGCAGAAAGAAAACCCAGGGACGGGCGGCCAAAUAAUCAAAGAAUCAAAAAGCGAGUUCCAAGAACUUAGCGAGCUCCUCAGUCCACGCGAGCUACAGAAUGUGCGCGAGCACGGCGGAACUCUCUUCCAACCGGUAGUCAACGAAGAUCCCAACCACCGUCUAUUCCUCCAAGACUCCGACACCGAGAGCGAGAUCCACACCCCAUCCCAAUUCCCACAAAACCCCACACCAGGCCCGGCUCCCAGUCUAUCCUUGACUGGUGUCUACAAAAACUACCUCCUCGUCCGCCCGUACCCAUCCCUCCGAAUCCUCUUCACAUCACCCUCCCUCCAAAUCCCAGGUAUGCUCCAAUCGUCAUUCCUAAACCGCAUCGGCGAGACAGGCCCGAAACGCGAUAAUAUUGUCAACGCCAUGAUGGCCGGGCGAAGCGUGACAGCUCGUAUCAGGUGGAUGACCAAGUCCAAUGGCCAAGGCCGUAAUCGGUGGAUUCACUGUACGCCCUUGUUGGCUAAUAAUGGUCAGAUUGGGGUGUGGAUGGUUGUUGUGAUUGAUGAGGAGGAGGAAUAUUCGGUUAGAUGGUAG